UCAACCAAAAACAAACCAGCUGUAUUAUUGCUGAAGCUGUUGUUUUGAUUUGCAUAAUUGCAAGAUUGAACUUGAAAACACCGGAAGACGUUUGGAUUCGACAUCGGGGAAACCCCCCUUUGCGUCCGUUCGCCUGAUUGGCUGAUAUAAAUAGGCAGAAAACUUCCUUAUUUUCCCUCUUAGCCAAACUCAAAUUUCACUUCGAUUUAUAAAAGGAAGACGUAAGACUCCGAUGCAUUCGAAGAGUAAAUCGCGCAUGAAAUAACUUAUCCGCAAAGGUUUCAAUCCACCUUCAGUUACGAUGGAUAAGCACGAGCCUAUCGAAUUUGUCGUACUUCAGGAAAAGAUUCCGCUUGUGAAGGAGAAUAUCAAAAAAAUACGGUCACUUUUCAACGUCGAUGUCACACUCAAAGCGAACGAUCAGAAGAGUGGACAACGAUGGAUUUGCCUUCAAGGAAACGACGCAGAACUUCAGAGGAAGGCACAGACCUACAUUAAAUCUCUAUGUGGCACUAGUCAGCACCUUAUAGAAGCGCCCAUCGGCCUGUGUGAAAAGCUAAGGAGCGGGAAUCUAGGUAUGGAGGUUGAAAAGCUCACAGGCGCAGUACUGUCGUUUAAUGACACAACGGUGUACGUCCAAAGUGAUGAUAGUUUAGUCACAGUCUUGGCAGUCUCUGAAAUUGAGCGACAUAUCGCGAAUUUCAAGAAAGAAGCUAAAAUUGGCGUCGCUUCGAGAAAAUGUGACCCUGCCGUUGUAUCGGAUUCUGCCGUGAACAUUCCAGAACGUUCUACGUCAGUUGCAACAGAUAUUCCGCCUUCCAUGAGGGAAUUCGCGUAUAAACUGAACUACACAGACAAAGAAAUCGACGCAGUCAUAAAAACAUUCGGAACAGAGAUCAAUAUUAAUCAACUGUUACAGGAACUUGUUAAGAACACGGCGUCUGCGCAGCAGCUUGGCACCGCUCCAGAGGACACGACUUCGCUUCCUGGUUCUGUUCGAGGAAAUUGUGUGGCGCCACCUCUGCAACCGACAGAAAUGCGUCGUAAUCUGCUCGCUAGAGGCCCUCCCGCCAGUCCCCCUAGAAGACCAGAGUAUCAUUACGUUCCAGAAAAAACUAGGCUGGUCCCCUCUGAUAAUUUGCGGCCCAUCGUGAUUGAUGGCAGCAAUGUGGCAAUGAGUCAUGGCAACCAAAGAGUGUUCUCGUGUCGAGGGAUACAAAUUUGCGUGGAAUACUUUCAGCGGAGAGGACAUAAAGACAUUACUGUGUUUGUACCCAUGUGGAGAACAGAAGAAUGUAGCCAAGACAGUCCGAUCAUGAACCAGGAAGUACUGCACAUUUUAUUUAGCCAAGAAAUUUUGAAGCUUACUCCAUCAAGGUCAAAUGGUAACCGUCGCAUCGUGUGUUACGAUGACAAGUAUACGGUAGAUUUGGCGGACCAAAAUGGGGGAAUAAUUGUUUCCAAUGACAAUUUCAGAGACCUCCUUGAAGAAAACCCACGAUGGAAAGAGACAAUUGAACAGCGCACUCUGAUGUACACCUUUGUGGGGGAUCGCUUUAUGCCUCCCGACGAUCCUCUGGGAAGGAGAGGGCCCUCGCUGAAUGAUUUUCUUAGAAGAGGGUCUGCUACUCACCCAAAAAUAUGCCCGUAUCUAAAGAACUGCACUUUUGGCAAUCGUUGCAAAUACUACCACCCUGAAAGGGACACACAGCGGCAACACGGGGGAGCUUCUAUCAAAAUCUCCCCCGAGAUAACUGAACACCAAACGAACGGUACAGGGGAACUUAAUAUUACAACUCAAUCCCCGAUUACUUUGUCUACACAGCGUUGCAACAGGAACACUUUGGUAUUAGAAUCAAGAGGCAGUUUCCAGUCCCAAGUUGACAAUCAUCCAGGUCGUCCCAAUGACACUUUGUCUCGUGGCAUUUCAGCCCGCGGUGUACCUUCGCAUAAGAAUUCCUACAUUAAUAGUCGCGAGGGACCCUUAUACCCCCGCGGGUUUUACGGUGGAAAUGUUUACGCGGACCAUCAUCAUCCGGUAAUUCCUGACUAUGCGCCUCCCAUGUAUCCUCCCGAUAUGAACCAAUUUCCACCGCUCGCAGCACCAUGGCCUUCAUCCCCGUAUAGUACUCCUGCACAUUAUGCACCGUCACCGCCAAUGGGAUAUCCACAGGGGAAUCCCACGUACUGUUAUUUCGAGCCUCCUCCGCCCUUGAAAAGAAAUUUUCAGGGACAAAGGCAUUCUGGGGAUCAGGUUGACGGCAACAAAGAAAACAAAUCCCUCAGCAAAGAGGAAAUAGAAAGGCUUAGGGCCAUCUGUGACGAUGAAAAUAAAUUAGAACGCAUUCUGCGCGAUAACCCUCGAGAGCGGGAUAUUAACAAAUUAGCCCAUCUUUUAUUGGAGAACUAAAAUCUCUAUGUGAAUUCAAAUAUUAUAGACUCGAGUGUCUUUUAAAUUAAUACAUAUAUCAAUGACUGUUUAAUAUUUUUGAGUAUCGCUUCGAAUAUUGCGAGAUGUAAAAAAGCGCUACAAUACUCAACAAAUUUUAACAGAUUUACCCCAUGUAUAUAUUCUCAUCCUUUCACCUCUUUGAUUCCUUUGUAAUGUGCAUAAUCUCUUUUCAAACUGUAUCAUAACUCUACAAUAAUAAAAACCUGA